UAUUUAAAAAUUGAAAACCCCGCUUCACUGUAGUCAGUCGCACUCUGUGCCAUACUUCUCAAACAGUUCAACUUACUCAUCCUGCACUGGAAAUGAGAGGCGCAAACCGACGUCGUCCCACGGAAUCCUUCAACCAACCACCACCUCCGCAGCCAACGCCCGAUCUCUAUGGAUCUCGAUUCGGUGGUUCACGCGAUUCCGAUGCCAGUUUUGCCAGCAGCCGCCCCUCGUCCGCCGGCAUUGGCCGCGUCUCCAUCGCUACCGACCUCUAUUCGGACCGGUCCCACCAAAGCUCAGCUAUUCGCGCCAUCAACGCCUUCCUCUCCUCGCACUCGUUCCAGAUCCUUCUACCUCCCAAACAAGUCCCCUCCGUCAAGGACAUAAUGGAAAUUAUCAAAUUUCUCGUUACGAAGCUCGAUUAUCCUUCUACAGCUAAGUUCGAAGACGAUCUGUUUGUAAUUUUGAAAUCCCUAAAUUGUCCUAUCAAGAUUAAUAAAUCUACGCUUAGGUCACCGAAUUCGCCUCACAAUUGGCCUUCGUAUCUGGCUUUGAUACACUGGCUGGUGCAAAUCGCAUCGUAUACCAAUCACUUAUUGAAUAGUUCGAGCUCAUUUGCUGAAAACAAUAGUAUGUAUUUGUAUGCUUUGGAGAGUUAUUUGAAUUAUAUACGAGGAGAUGAUGAUUCUGUGGAGGAAUUGGACAAGGAGUUUAUUGGGAAGGUAGAGAAAGAGAGAGAUAGUGUAAGUGACAAUGUGAUUGAAUUGGAGAAAAAGGUGAAAGAAUUGGAGGAAAAGAAGGCAGAACCAACAGAAAGAGAGAAAUUAGAGAAAGAGAAGAGUGUUUUGGAGGAGGAUGUGAACAAGUUCAACGCGAUGAUAGCAGAGUUUAAUACCAGGAUAGAGAAGAUGGAGAAAGUAGUGCAGGGGAAAGAGAGGGAAAUGGCAGAUAAAGUGGAGGAGCAUAAGAGGAUUUGUGAGGAGAAUGAGGAGUUAAAGAAGAGAGUGGAGUUGCAGACAUUUAAUGCACGUGAUAUGGAGAGGAUGAGGAGAGAGUUGCAAGCGGUGGAAAGAGAUAUUGGGGAUGCAGAGACUGCUAGAAAUGCUUGGGAAGACAAAAAUUGGGAUCUUGAUGCUUUAUUGGGACAAAAGUUUAAGGAACUUGAGGCACUUUCGAUGGAGUGCAAUCAUGCUAUCAGAAGGCUAAAACUUGGCAUUGAUAUCCAGUACGUCUUGAAUGCGAAAGGUUCUACUCCUGCUGAGGUAAUGGGUAUUGACUGCAAAUCCACACUUAAGCCUGCCCUUGAGUCCUUUGCUGAUGACAUAAAAAAAAGCUCGAUGGCAAAAUAUGAAGAGUUGAUUUCCCUGCAGCAACAGUCAUCUGAAAUGGCUACCAAAAUUGAGGGAAAAAGAAUUCGUAUUGGUGCACUUCAAUCCCAUAUUGAUGAAAUGGAAGCCCAGUUGAACUUGUUCAAGAAGGAGAUGCAAGAGCAUGUGUAUAGAUGUGCAGCAGAAUCCCGAAAGAUGGCAGAUGAUGUUAAAUUAGAAGCUCAGAACUUGGAUAUGGUGGAAAAAGAAGCAGCUGAGGUUCUAAAGGUCUCUGAAUUGAAGUUGAAGGAAGCAAUCAGACAAAGCGAAGAAGAAAUUCAGAUACGGGCUUGUGAACUGUUUGCACUAGUUGACUCAGUGUCAAAAUACAAAGAAUACAUGGAGUCGAAGAUUUCAGACAUGAAGGGCAGUCUCUCAGAAACUGCUUUAACUGUCUCAGAAGCCUACAAGAAUUCCUUGCCACCUCAAGUUGGGAAAACAUUUGAUGCAAGCAGCUAGGUAAACUUAAAUGUAAUAUUUCUUAUUAACGAUAUUGUUUCUUCUUAGACCCCUUAUUUGUGCUUGCUGCUUUAUGGCUUGUAUGUGCUAUCAAUGUUAUAAAAACAUAUUCUGUAUAUUCAUUUGACAUUGUAGGAUUGGUUAUUAGAAUCAGUGUAGGAAUUUGCAUUUAUCCAGGAAUAUUUCUUUUAA